CAAUAUUGUUAUUUCGUGUAUUAAGAAUUUAUAAUUUGUUUAAUUAAUUUCAUAGCGUGAACGGAGCCCAAAAUAUAAAAAAACUAUAUAAAAAAAGAUACAGAUGAUUCGAUCAUUAUAUAACUAGCUGUUCAACACUGAAAAUGAAAUUGAUAGCAGUAUUUGUGUUAUUUUGUGUUGCUAACGCAAAAGCAUACAAAAUCUUGGGUGUAUUUCCAGUAAAAAUGAAAUCGCAUUUUUAUGUUGGCAAUGCGUUGAUGGAAGGACUUGCUAGAGCAGGCCAUGAUGUUACAGUGAUCAGUCCAUUUCAUGCCGAAAAUUCAUACAACAACUAUAAAGAAGUGUUUCUCGAUGAGUCACCCGUUGAAAAUUCCGUUGAUUAUACAAACGACAAUUUCAUGGAAUAUAACAAUAAAUUUUUCUGGGAUAUCAUAAUGAAAUGGUACGAUGUUGGUGUGGAAAUAGCAAGAUCCGCUCUUUCAAGCCCAAACUUUCAGAACUUUCUGAAAAUUAAGCAAAAUUUCGACGUGAUUAUUGUUGAACAUAGUAUUGAAGCUUUAUUUGGAUUAAGUCACCAUUUCAAUGCACCAUUAAUAGUGAUAUCUCCAUUUGCCGUAUCGAAGUGGUCAACACAUUUAGUUGGAACGCCACUUUUCGCAUCAUAUGUGCCAUAUAUGAAUAAUCCCUUUUCGAAUCAUAUGACAUUGUGGCAACGAAUGUACAAUUCUUUGACGUAUUGGUUUGAGGAUGUGUCAAUGCCACUUUACUUAAGACCAAAACAUCAGAAGCUUAUGGAAAAAUAUUUUCCAAAUUCCAAAAAUUGGCCGUCUCUAGAAAUAAUCAAAAGAAAUGUAUCGUUAGUUUUAAUCAACACCCACGUUACAUAUGCUACAGCACUACCUCUCGCACCAAAUAUGAUUGAAGUUGGCGGCAUGCAUAUUAAACAAUCACCAGAACCGUUGUCACAAAAAACUCAAGAUUUUCUGGAUCAAGCAAAAGAUGGUGCAAUUUACAUGUCCCUUGGUUCAAAUGUAUUGUUUAAUAAAUUACCAAAACAUAAAAAAGAUGCAAUUUUGAAUGCAUUUUCGGCGUAUCCAAAUAUGCGCAUUCUAAUUAAAAGUGAUGAAAAAAUAGUGAUUCCAUCGCACAAAGAAGCAGACGUAACUGUUGAGUCUUGGUUCUCACAGCAAUCAAUUCUGGCACAUCAUAAUUUAAAGAUAUUCAUAACUCACGGUGGAUUGCUUUCGAUAAUUGAAGCCGUUUAUUAUGGAAAACCUGUAAUUGGAAUAUCAGUUUUUGGCGAUCAACACAUGAACAUGCAGGUAGUUGAAAACAAAGGCUACGGACUAAAUAUUCCGAUUGAAAAAUUGAAUUCGGAAAACAUCAAGUCAGCCAUUGGUGCAAUUGUGCAAGACACAAGAUACGAAAAUCAGGCAAACUUAACUUCGAAAAGAUACCGAGAUUUGUUGAAAUCUCCACUUGAAACAGCGAUACAUUGGGUUGAACAUGUUGCCAAGAAUAAAGGUGCCCCACAUUUAAAAUGUGCCGCUGUGGAUCUACCAUUUUAUGUUUUGUACAAUUUGGAUGUUUGGUUCCUUUUGGCUGUUACCGGAUUUUCAAUUGUUCUUGUGCUGAAAUAUAUUAUCCAUAAGAUUAUUUCAAUGUUUACGUAUAAUGAUAAAAUUAAAAUAAAAACUAGAUAGAUUAAUUGGAUGAGGC